UCGCUCCUUGGACACUGUUCGCGCGCGCAAUGACUCAAAGUGCUGUGACUGUGCUUAGUGAUGUGUGACUCGAAAGACAAACUGUCCUGUGGCAUAAUCACACAGCGGAGAUACUUGUGAACGGAGACUUGGUAGAAUCUUCAGCAUCGACCAACAUUGUUGCUCGCGAGGAGAGAAAGCAAUUAAAGAGUGUGUUUGUGUUUCUUGUUGGGCGCUCUUCUUUUUUUCUUUUGUUCAGUGCCUGACCCGAGCAGAUUAUAGAGUUACUGUCUCAACUUGGCCAUUGUGGAUGCCCAAAGAGUGCGCACGGAUGUGAGAUUAAUUAAAUUAGAGAGUUGAAGGCAUAUAAAAGUUGGCUCGACGCGCGGCGAGGAGGAAGGAAAGGAGAGCCCAAGUGCCAGAAUGUUUGUGCUGUGAGUUUCGUUGUGGAGAAAGUUCAUCCCAGAGCAAGAGACAAGGCAUGGGAAUGUGGAAGAGUGCCGGAAGUAUGUAGUUGAAGUGCGUUAUGAAUUGAUACUGAAGGCAGAAGCGGACACUAGACGGAAUCAUGCAAUGGUACGUGGCAUGGAGUUUCGUGGUCACCGUGCUCCUUGGCCACGCGGCGGCACAGUGCUCGUGGGAGUACCGGAACGGAAGCGCCGUGACAUGCUCCAUUCGGCGCCUGGAGAGGCAAGGUGUGGACUUGAGCGGUGCCGAGGGCACCAAUCGGCUGGACAUCAAGUGCAACGAGCAGUUCUUCUUCGAGUCCCAACUGCCGGUGCGCGCCUUCGGCCGCCUCCAGAGUCUCAGUGAGUUGACAGUGGAGUCGUGCAAGCUCCUGCAGUUGCCAGUGCACGCCUUCAGUGGGCUCGGCAAUCUCAAGAGGCUGACAGUGCAGACGAACAACUACGCGUGGGCGCCCAGCAAGACGCUCGACAUCCGGCCGGACGCCCUCGUGGACCUCAAGGAUCUGCAGUACCUCGACCUAAGUCACAACAACCUGCGCCACCUGGCCGAGGGCGUGCUGUGCCCCCUCAACAAUUUGCAGCACCUCAAUCUCAGCACCAACAGAAUACGCGCCGCCGAGAGCCUCGGCUUUGCGAACCAGUGCGGCGGAGGCACGGAUCUCCACAUCCUGGACGCCAGUCACAAUGAGCUGCAGGCCAUUCCCGAUGAGUGGGGCGUCUCGCGGCUCAGGCGGCUCCAGCAGCUCCUCCUGCAGCACAACAACAUCACGGCGCUGUCAAGUGAGUGUCUAAUUGGGCUGGGCUCCCUUAAAGUGUUCAAUGCGAGCUUCAACAACCUGGAAACGCUGCCCGAGGGCGUGUUUGCCGGGUCUCGUGAAUUGCGCGAGAUCCACCUGCAGAACAACAUGCUGCUUUCCGUGGCCAGAGGGACAUUCCAUCGCCUGGAGCAGUUGCUAGUGCUGGAUCUCAGCUCAAACUCCCUGACUAGUCAUCACAUUGGCAAUGGCACCUUCGUGGGUCUCAUUCGGCUGAUCGUCCUCAAUCUCGCCCACAAUGCUCUCACUCGCAUCGACAGUCGCACGUUCAAGGAGCUGUACUUCCUGCAGAUAUUGAAUUUGCGCAACAACUCAAUUGGGCACAUCGAGGAGAACGCAUUCCUACCACUAUACAAUUUGCACACACUCAAUCUCGCCGAGAAUCGUCUGCACACCAUUGACGAUAAGCUGUUCAAUGGUCUCUAUGUGCUGUCCAAGUUGACUAUCAACAACAACUUAAUCACUGUGAUCGAAGUGAGCGCAUUCAAGAAUUGCUCGGACCUCAAGGAGCUCGACCUGAGCUCUAAUCAGCUGCUGGAGGUGCCGGAGGCUCUGCAGAAUUUGUCAAUGCUGCGGACGCUGGAUCUGGGCGAGAACCAGAUCCCGUCCAUCCACAAUGGCAGCUUCCGCAAUCUGGUGCAACUCACCGGGCUGCGGCUAAUCGACAACCUGAUUGGCAACAUUACAAGAGGUAUGUUUUGGGACUUGCCGAGACUCAGUGUGUUGAAUAUGGCAAAGAAUCGGGUGCAGAGCAUUGAGAGGGGUGCUUUUGAGAGGAAUACCGAUUUAGAGGCCAUUCGACUGGACCGGAACUUCAUCAGUGACAUUAAUGGGGUGUUCGCCACCCUCGCCUCACUGCUGUGGUUGAACUUGUCGGAGAACCACCUCGUGUGGUUCGACUAUGCGUUCAUUCCCAAGAACCUCAAGUGGCUGGACAUUCAUGCAAAUUACAUUGAGGCCCUUAGGAAUUACUACAAGUUGCAAGAGGAGAUUCGCGUGAAGACCCUCGAUGCGAGCCACAAUCGCAUCACGGAAAUCAGUUCGAUGGCCAUUCCCAAUAGUAUUGAGUUGCUCUUCAUCAACAACAACCUCAUCGAGACCAUCCACCCCAACACAUUUGUCGACAAGACAAAUCUCACGAGGGUGGACUUGUACGCCAAUGCUCUGUCCACACUGCAGAUGCACACUAUCCGCUUGGCACCUGUGCCCGAGUCUCGAUUGCUGCCCGAGUUCUAUCUGGGCGGCAAUCCUCUAGAGUGCGAUUGCUCAAUGGACUGGCUGUAUCGCAUCAACAAUCUCACCACGCGCCAACACCCGCGCAUCAUGGACUUGGCUAAUGUGGCGUGCGUGAUGCCGCACGCCCGUCGCGGCCCCACCGUGAGAUCCGUGGCCUCCCUGUCAUCCUCGGACUUCCUCUGUCGCUACGAGACGCACUGCUUCGCCCUCUGUCACUGCUGCGACUUCGACGCCUGCGACUGCGAGAUGACGUGCCCCAACAACUGCACCUGCUUCCACGACACCACGUGGAAUGCCAAUGUGGUGGAUUGCGCGGGCGGCGGUCGACGACACGGUCGGGAGUUGCUGAAGAAGGUACCCAUGGACGCCACGGAGCUGUAUCUGGACGGCGCGGACAUUGAUGAGCUGCAGAACCACGCAUUCCUGGGUCGCAAGAAUCUCAAGGUACUCUACAUGAACAAUUCUAAUCUCGCCCUCAUGCACAAUCGCACCUUCGCCGGUCUGUCCGCCCUCACCAUCCUCCAUCUUGGCGACAAUCAGCUGCGUAGCCUGCAAGGCAAUGAGUUCGACGACCUGCAGAACUUGCGUGAACUCUACCUGCAGAACAAUCGCCUUCGCACGGUGCCCAAUGCCACCCUAGAGCCCCUCAGGCAGUUGAGGGUGCUGCGGAUCGAUGGGAAUCAGCUGGUGAGCUUCCCGCUGUGGCAGCUGCAGACACCCCAAUUCCAACACCUCCGCUCGCUCGCCCUGGGCAGGAACUCGUGGAACUGCAAGUGUCGCAAUCUGCAGGAAUUGACCGCCUUCGUGGCGGACAGCGCCGUGAUCAUUCAGGACAGUCAGGACAUUUACUGUGUCGAUCCGGCGGGCGUGAAGCGCGAACUUGACCUCAAUGCCACGUCAAUCUGCAGUGAUUUCUAUGCCAUUGGCUCCAUGAUGAGCGACACUAUGUUCGGCAACUACAUUCCCCUCAUGAUUGGCAUUGCUGUGCUCACGGUGCUCAUUCUCCUACUGGUGCUAAUUUACAUCUUCCGAGAGCCCGUGCGCGUGUGGUUCUUCACGCAGUACGGCGUGCGCGUGACUGGAGCUCGGUGUGAGAAGACAGAGAAGCUCUAUGACGCUCUGGUGCUGCACAGCACGAAGGAUAGUGAGUGGAUCACGCGAGAAUUGGCGCCGGAACUCGAACGCGGACGUCCUGGAUUGAGGCUCUGUGUGCAGCAUCGUGAUCUCGUGCAGGAUGCCACAUAUUUGCAACUCCUGGAGGCUGCUCAGGCCUCCAGGCGCGUGGUGAUUGUGCUGAGUCCGAACUUCCUGCAGACGGAGUGGAGUCGCAUCGACGUGCGCCAUGCCGUGCACGAGAGCAUCAAAGGACGCCCUUACAAGCUGGUAAUUGUUGAGGAGAGCGAUGUGUUCUUGGACGCUGCGGCAGAUUGUGAGCUGCUACCCUAUCUGAAGACCACCAGCGUGCGGCGCGUGAAGAGGCUGGAGCAGCAAUUCACGGAGAAGCUGCGCUACGCACUGCCCGCAGAGAGUGUGAACCAGCGCCGUGGGAACAACUACACCCUUGACCAUCAUGAGCGGAUCAAGCAGCCCGCCAGCCCGGGUGUCGUCUUCCGGCCGGCCCCACCGCCCGCUUACUGUCCAGAGGGUGACGAUCCCAACUACUCCUCGGCCACCACGGCCACCCCCAGUCCACGACCAAUGCGGAAGAAUCUGCUGCAUCAUCCGCACCACCUGCCCAACGGCGUGCUGCACACAAUGGUGGAGGCACCGCCGCAGCGGCCUCCGUCUGAGCACAUCUACUCCAGCAUCGACUCCGACUACAGCACCCUGGACCGCGAGAACAUGGUGGUGGACGUGCACAGGCUCACGUGGCGCAGCAGCAGCCAGCACAGCCACCGUCCGCCGCACGAUCAUCGCGUGCAGGCGUAUUUGGUGUAAGCUGACACACAAGUUUGAUAGAGAAAAAUUGCAGCUGAAACUGCUCUAAUCUCUCCUAUUUCUUGAGAUAAGAGAAAAGAAAACUAGAAACACUCUUGAUCCACCAGACGGUUCUCGAUGGGCCACUGCGUCCUUUCAAUAUAUAAUAUACACACAAAAAAGACAUGCCAACAGGUUAAAAAUAUGUAAACUGAUAAGGCACUAAAGGAGAAUCUUUGACUCAGUAUUCAGUAAUUUUGUGACUCAGAUGAGAGGCAAAAGACGUGAGUUUCACAAGAACUGUCGAUGACUGUUUUUUUUUCCAAUGUGAGAAUUCCACGUGUAAUGUUGUAAAUAGCGAGACAAAUGGAACCAGAGAGCUAUACCUUCAUUAAAUACAAUAAUAGACCGAAGCUAAACUGAGAAAAAAAGUGUGAGUGCAGUGACGACAUACAUAUUUAAAGUGGUAAUUAAAAAGCAUAAGCAAGAAAAAGACCUAUUCAUAGACAUAGUGAAAGAGAUAUCUUAUUCUUCCAAGUCCUGUUUUCAUGGAAAAAGCAAA